AUGGCUUCCUCGCAAAGGGCUCCUCCACGACAGUCUCCUUUCGGAUACGUGGAAGUGGAUCCCUUGCAAAGUAUUGAAGAAGAGGAGCUUCCUCUGUAUAAGCCAGAGAAUUACUAUCCUGUUUAUAUUGGCGAAGUGUUUCUCUCCAGAUACCAGGUAGUUUCGAAGCUUGGAUAUGGCAUGUCUUCCACGGUUUGGCUCUGCAAAGAUCUCAAAGAAAAAUGCUACCAUACGCUCAAAGUAUGUGUUAGGGGACAAAGGCCUGAUCAGGAAGUUGCGAUCUCAGAACAUUUGAAGAAAUCCAGUGACGUUCACCGGAAGAAAUUGGUCCGCCUCAUCCUCGACUCCUUUGAGAUUGUUGGUCCGCGUGGGAAACAUGUCUGCCUGGUUUACCAGCCACUUGGCAUGAGUUUUUCUGAGUUCCAAGAUUUGCUCCCUGACAAGAAGUUUCCGAAGGACCUCAUUCAAAGGAGUACUCAGCUCACUUUGAUAGCAUUGGCCUUCAUACACGAGAAUAAUGUUAUUCAUACAGAUAUCUCACCGAACAACAUACUACAAGGGAUAGAGGAAACUUCUAUCUUAUCGAGAAUGGAAAAAGAUGAGGUGGCCCGACCGGUAGCUAGAAAGGUUCUGGCAGACCGAACUAUCUAUUGCUCACGCCCAAUGCCUCUUUGCACGGGACCACCUGUGCUCUCUGAUCUAGGGGAGGCCAGGCUAGGACCUAAAAAACACAGCAGCGAUAUCAUGCCUGGUAUUUAUCGUGCACCAGAAGUCAUCCUAGAAAUGGACUGGGACCAAAAGGUUGAUAUUUGGUCAGUGGGCAACAUGGUUUGGGAUCUAGUGGAAGGCCAUCAUCUGUUUUUCGCCAAGCAAAACGGUUCUCUUAGUGAUGAGCAACACCUAGCUGAAAUGAUUUCUCUUAUGGGUCCCCCUCCUCCGGAAUUCUUGAAAAGGAGUGAAAAGUGUCAAACAUUCUGGGAUAGCAACGGUAACUGGAAAGGUUCCACAUGCAUUCCCGAGCAGUCUUUCGAGGAUAGAGAGCUGCAAUUUUUUGGCGAAGACAAAAGGCUUUUCCUUGAGUUCUUGCGCAGAAUUUUUCGAUGGCUGCCAGAUGAGCGGCCGACUGCGGAGGAGCUGGUAUACGACGCUUUUUUGAUGCAGCCGAUAGUAGCAUCGGAAGGAUGA